UCAGAAUACCUGGCGGUAGGGCUGUCUUCGAUCAAGAGGAAGCGAGGGAAUUACCUCCUGGAGACGCUCAAGUCCAUUUUUCAGCAGCUAAAGGAGAUGGUGGUGGUCGUUCAUCUGGCCGACUUCGACCAAGCCUGGAACAGCAAGGUGGUGAAGGACAUCUCCAGGAAUUUCUCCCACCAUGUGCUGUUGGGACACCUCAUAGUCAUCCACGCACCCCAGGAGCACUACCCCCCCCUGCAGGGGCUCAAGCAGAACUUCAAUGACGCUCCGAACCGCGUGCAGUUCCGCUCCAAACAAAACGUUGACUACGCCUUCCUGCUCAACUUCUGUGCCAACCUGUCACAUUACUAUCUGAUGCUGGAGGAUGACAUCCACUGCUCCAAAUCCUUUUUCACCGCCAUUAAGAAAGUCCUGACCUCCAGGGAGGGAUCCUACUGGGUGACCCUGGAGUUUUCCAAGCUGGGGUACAUCGGAAAGCUUUAUCAGUCCAGCGAUCUUCCCAGACUGGCCCAGUUCCUGUUGAUGUUUUACCAGGAGAUGCCUUGCGACUGGCUCCUGGUUCAUUUCCGGGUCUUGCUCGCCCAGAAGGACGUCAUUCGUUUCAAACCGUCUUUGUUUCAGCACAAUGGGUUUUACUCCUCUUUCCUGGGCACGGCCAACAAGCUUAAAGACGACGACUUUGAAGAGGUUUCCCUUGAUCUCCCAGACAACCCUCCGGCUACUAUCUACACCAACAUCAGCACGUUUGAGAACUACAAUCCCAACAAAGCCUACAGCAACGUGGAUGAAUAUUUCUGGGGCAAGUCUCCAUCGGUGGGGGAUUACUUCACCAUCGUGUUUGCCAAACCCGUGGAGUUGACGAGACUCCGAAUUCGAAGCAGCACAGAGGAGAGGCAGUCGGAUGUGCUUCAUGCUGGAGAGGUCGAACUGGGAGAAGACCCAGCACAGAUUAAAGAGAAGGUGGAAUGUUCCAGCUACGUAAAACUGGGGCGAUUUGAGAACGGACAAUUUGAGAGCAAGGAUAUUGACACAAAGAUUCAUUCUGCAGUGUCUUGCAUAAAAAUAGUUGUAACGGAGAGCCAGAAAGAAUGGCUUAUCAUUCGAAACACAAGCAUUUGGACCAAACGAGUAAAGCAUAGCUGAAAAUAUCUUCCAUGUAGCUAUUUUUGGUUACACCCUUUUUCCCACAUGAUGCAAUUAAUCUGUCAAGGUAGCUACGUCUUUUUGUAACCUGCAUACUGUGCAUUUUCACAUAGUGAUCAGUUUAUUUGUAUAAGGACAUCUGGAAGGUGUAAUUCUGUACAAAGUACAGAGAUUGCUCAUUAGAAAACCACUUGCUUCACAUCUUUAGUUGUGUGAGUCACCAG